AUGGCCGACACAGACCCAGAUUCUUCUUCCCAUAAAAUCCCCUCUCUCCCCCAGGUGGUGGAAGAGCUCAAGGAGCUAUGGUUCAUGGCUUUGCCAAUGACAACAAUGAACUGCUUAGUCUACGUCAGAGCCGUGGUCUCAGUCCUCUUCUUGGGCAGACUAGGAAGCCUAGAGCUAGCCGGAGGAGCCCUCUCCAUAGGUUUCACCAACAUCACCGGCUACUCUGUUCUAGUUGGUCUAGCCUCAGGUCUUGAGCCAGUUUGCAGUCAAGCCCACGGUAGCAAAAACUGGGACCUACUCUCACUCUCUCUCCACCGCAUGAUCUUCAUACUUCUGUUAGCAAUCAUACCCAUCAGCCUCCUCUGGGUCAACCUUGAAUCAAUCAUGGUGUUCAUGGGUCAAGACAGAGAGAUCACAUCAAUGGCCGCGACAUACUGUAUCUACUCCCUCCCAGACCUGUUGACAAACACCUUGUUACAACCUCUGAGGGUGUAUUUAAGGUCACAGGGAGUGACGAAGCCUCAAAUGUGGUGUAGUUUUAUUGCUGUGUUGUUUCACAUACCAUUGAAUUUUGUGUUGGUGGUGGUGAUGAGGUGGGGGGUACCAGGGGUGGCUAUGGCUUCGGUGCUGACAAACCUGCACAUGGUGGUGCUGAUGAUGGGGUAUGUGGUGGUUUAUGGGAGGUGGGAGUGGAAGUUGACGGCUGGGAUUGGUGGUUUGUGUGGUGGGGUGGGGCCAUUGUUGAAGUUAGCGGUUCCAAGUUGUGUUGGGAUUUGUUUGGAGUGGUGGUGGUAUGAGAUUGUGACAGUGCUUGCUGGGUACUUGCCAAAUCCUAGACUAGCCGUGGCUGCCACUGGGAUACUGAUACAGACCACUAGCUUUAUGUACGUGGUGCCCAUGGCAUUGGCUGGCUGUGUUUCUGCCAGAGUAAGUAUACAAUAUAUUGGUUUAUUAUAUGCAUAA